CUCUUUUCAGUGUCCUCUCACUUUCUUUCGACGAAGGAACCUUCACUUUUCGAUUUUUUUGAUCGCUGCUGCUGCUUCGAAGAAUCAAUCAAAACCCUAGAAAGACGACAACGACGACAAACACGACUCGUUCUACUCUAACCAUAACUCCAAACCAAUCUCCAGAUCGUGAAAACCAGAAAGAGAUCGAGCUUAAACCAAAAGCGAUGAAACCGGUUCAAUCCUUACCAGUUCCGGUUAAGAACCCUUCCCGCCGCCGCGUAGACCUCCGCUUACCUCUCCCUCAGCGCGACGUCUCCCUCGCCGUCCCUCUCCCCCUCCCACCGACAUCCUCCGGCUCCUCCUCCUCCUCCUCCGGUCCCUCCGCUCCUCCCUCCUCGAAUCCGAAAAACUACUCAGAUCUAGAGCGCGGGAACCGGAUCGGGAGCGGAGCGGGCGGGACGGUGUACAAAGUGAUCCACCGCCCGACCUCCCGCGUCUACGCGCUCAAGGUGAUCUACGGUAACCACGAGGAGAACGUCCGCCGCCAGAUCUGCCGCGAGAUCGAGAUCCUCCGUGACGUUAGCCACCCGAACAUCGUCAGGUGCCACGAGAUGUUCGACCAGAACGGCGAGAUCCAGGUCCUCCUCGAGUUCAUGGACGAAGGAUCCCUCGAAGGCCGCCACGUGUCCAACGAGCGUGAUUUAGCUAAACUCUCGUUUCAGAUCUUGAACGGUUUGGCGUAUCUCCACGGACGUCACAUAGUCCACAGAGACAUUAAGCCUUCUAAUCUGCUUGUUAACAAGGCGGCUAACGUCAAGAUUGCUGAUUUUGGAGUGAGUAGGAUCUUGGCUCAGACCAUGGAUCCUUGUAACUCCUCUGUAGGGACGAUUGCGUACAUGAGUCCUGAGAGGAUUAAUACUGAUUUGAAUCAGGGGAGGUAUGACGGUUACGCUGGGGAUAUAUGGAGCUUAGGUGUUAGCAUUCUUGAGUUUUUCUUGGGGAGGUUUCCUUUCAAUGUGAGUAGGCAAGGGGAUUGGGCGAGUCUCAUGUGUGCUAUCUGUAUGUCUCAGCCGCCAGAAGCUCCGGCGAGUGCUUCACCGGAGUUUCGGCAUUUUAUUUCGUGUUGCUUGCAGAGGGAGCCGGGGAGGAGGAUGACGGCGAGUCAGCUUUUGAGGCAUCCUUUUAUACUUAGAGGUGCGAGUCAGGGGCAGAACAGGUCUCCUCAGAAUCUGCAUCAGCUCUUGCCUCCUCCUCGUCCUCUCUCUUCCUCUUCUUCUUCUUCUUCUGCUGCUUCGUCCCCAAUGACGUAGUGAUUACUGGUUCUUGGGUCAGUCUCCUCCUUUGUACUUUUGAGUUCUUGGUUUACUCUUGUUGUCCGAUUUUUGCGUAAGCUUUGCGUAACUUUAUCAAGAAGGGCAAAAUGACUUUGCUUUUGUAAUCCCAAACUGUAGCUUUGUUGAAUUUUCAUAAAAUGGUUAUGCCUUUUUCUU